AUGAUGGCAAACUUAAGAGAAUCAUUCGAAACAGAGAGGAGAGGUGAGAAAGAUUUGCUCACUGUUGUUGAUCUGGAUAACCCAGAGGACGAAGAUGAUGCAGAUCACAAUGAGAGUGGUUUUGUAUCACCAGCAGAGCUAACAAAAAUUAAUUUCCGGUCAUUGAUCGGCCACAAAGACGAGGUAUGAGAGAUGAUUACCCUUCUUUAAUUUAAGAAAGUAAUUGAUCUGUGAUUACAACAAUUGCAACAAGGUUCUUGUAUAUCAAAUUAAUAGACAACUGCUAAUUAUUAUCAGCAUUUUUAGAAAACUUGCAGGUAUGAACCUGGUUCAAAGUAAAGCACAGGCAAAACUUGUCCCAAAUCUUCUUCAAAAAUAGAAUAAUGAGCAUGAAAAGGUUUAAAAAGAAAAGAGCACAAUUUGCAUUAAUUGAUUUGAAAUUUUAAGGAAGAUGAAAGAAUUGAACAAAGAACAAAGGAAAAAGUUGUGAAUUUUUGCAGUCUAUGUCACCACCAUGUUCAUAAUAAAAAAUUAUUUUUUCAGUAAGAGGCUAUUUAGGAAAUUAUGUAUCACCUCAAGGAGACCUUAAACAUAUAUUAAUAGUAGUAACCUUCUGAAUAUCUGUUAAUAGGUGAAUACAUGUGCAUUUUCUUCUGACUGGUCCAAAAUUGUAACAGGUGGGGAUGAUAUGCUGGUCAAACUGUGGGAUACAAAGACAGGCAAAGUUUUAUUUACUUUGGACAGUCAUGAAGGUAAAAAAUGUUACCAUGCAAUGCUCUCUGUAGCGAUGUGGAGCAUGUGUGUAUCUCUGAUAAGAAAUGCUUGAUACACAUAAUGAUAACCAUACUGAACAAUUUUCUCUCUCUCUCUCAGUCAAUGUUAAAAUAAGUGUAUGUUAGAGAGACAAAAAUUUUCAUUGAGUAGAUCCUUUUUUGAAAUUGAAAAAUUUGUCUCAUCAGAUUUUGUAUAAAAUAAGAUUUAAAAUACACAAGAGCUUUAGAAGUUCUCUGUAUUCCUUGAAACCUUGAAAAAUAGGAAGCAGGUUAAUGAAAUAUCAUAGAACAACACCAAUUGAUGAUCAAUAUGGUCUUACUAAUGGUUAUGGGUAUAAAACUCUAUCUCAGAAGGGGUGUUGUACAUAAUGGUUAAGAGCAAUUCAGUGUUAUUGUUCUUAAAUAUGGGAAUUUGUCCUCUAUUAGAAUUAGACUUUUUUUUCUAAAACCAUUUGCUUUCAAUUACAGGGCCAAGGAGUAAUAUUUAUUUGUAAAUCUUGUGUGUUGUUUGCAAAAUCACCAAAUCUUUUAUUUUUAUAAGUAUGGGAAUGAUAAUUUCUUGCAAUUUUCUUAUUGAAGAUCUCUUUGGCUAUAGGUGCAAUAAAAUGUGUGUGUUUUUCAUCUGAUGGAAAGUUGUUUGCCUCUGCUUCCUACGACCAUACUGUUCAAGUUGUGAAUUGUACCACAGGGAAACAGGUAUUUAGCCUGGAAGGUAAGUUAUCUAAACCGUUUCACUUUUGAGAUCUAACUGUUCAUUCUCUCGUUUAAUGACCACACAUUUUUUUAAUGUUCUUAAAUGAUUGUGAAAAGAAUUUGCAUUUGGAUCAAUUGAGAAGGUUUUUAUCAAGUUAAUUUACAGGAAUCACUGACUGAAAAUAUAAUCUUGUAGAAAUCACAGUGAAUUUAAACAAAUUGCUUUUUUUAUAGGACACACCCACAGUGUUGAAACAUGCUGUUUCUCACCUGACUCUAAUUAUUUGUGCUCUGGAUCUUGGGACACAUCAGCAAUUGUUUGGAACUUGAAGGUUUCCAUAAUGAUCAUAUUGCUAUUGGUUUGAAUUCCUCAAUGCUCCGGUAUAUGUUGUGGUUCAAAUAGUAUCUUCUAAGUUGGUUUUAACUUGUUCAAACAAGUUUGAUUUUUAAUUUCCUUCACCUGUACUCGUGGUCUUUAACUGAUAAGAAAGACAGUCAAAACCAGAACAGUUUGAAACAUUUUGAACCUAGGAAAAAUUUAAACUACAACAUUUGCAUGGGUCAUCCUCCACUUAUUUUUCACCUAAUAGUUGCACCACAUACAGAUAUAAUCAUAUGAAUCAUCUUAGUAAUUUGGAUUAUAUUAUUUAUGAACCAACUGUUUUAGCCUAGCUCAGACUAAUUUCUUAAUAACUGUCCAAUAUAAUAACCAAUUUUCAGCUUGCUAACAAACAAAAGAGACUUCCAUUGGUGGAUCCUUACUGUAACUGUAUCAGUCUGUGAAUCUGUUAUUUCCCUCAGACAGGUACAGCUGCAUUUGUUUUGGAUGGUCAUCGCAAUGUUGUGCAGGCCUGUACAUUCUCUAUUGAUAGUUCCACAGUGGUAAAUAAAUUUUAAGAAUCCGUUAUCUGGUCAUCUAUGUAAUUAUGUGAAAUAAUUUGUUUCUUUUGAUAGCUUUCCUGACAAUUUUUCAAUUACAACAUAUGAAUAAAAAAAAAUACUUUUAAAAUGUGUAUUUUUUUGUAUCAAAUGAUAUGUAGGCAACAGGUUCUUGGGAUUGUACAGUUCGUUUGUGGUCACUUGGGAGUGGGAAAAUGGAUGUCAAGAGUCUGAAGGGACACAAGAGUAAUAUUCAUGCAGUGGAAUUUUCGUGUGACAAAUUACUGGUUAGUGCACGACUAUUUUGACAUUUCUUGUUCUCCCUUUACUCCACCCCGAGUUUCACACUUUCCCCCUUUCAAAUGCCACUUUUGGGCAAAUUUGUAUUCCUUUCAUGUAAAUGUACUUUCAUGGAAAAGGCAUCCUUGUAAAAUGCCACACUCCUAAACCUUCUCCUGGUUAAUUAGCUAGGGAAAAUAGAAGAAGUGUUUUGCUUCAGGCCUACACAACCUUUCCUUCCUUUUUUUUUUUUUUGUAUCAAACAGGAUCUUUAGGAAUAUAUCAGCUUUAUUUUUCCAGAAAUUCCACUCUUGGAUACUCCUUUAGUAAAUCUUUUAUUCUGCAUUCUUCUCUCAGGCCUCAGCAUCCUGGGACAGUACUGUACGACUUUGGGACAGUCAGUCAGGGGACUUGGUACAUGUACUGGAAGGACACACUGGUUGGGUCCAGGUGAACCAUUUGCAAACCAUAACCUCUGGGGCUGAGGCAGAGGCUCUUAGCUUUUUUAAAACUCCUUUUGUAAACUCCUAGGCAUUUGACAGGAAAAACAUGCAAAUUUUUUACUUGUCUGAAGCUUUGAGUACCAGUGGUUGCAGAAAUUUAUCUUUGCAAGUUGAAAUACCUGCUAUCAAAAAUCUCUUUAAGGGUCAACAAGCCAUGCGCAACUUCUCACUCUUUUAUUUCAGGCGUGUUCAUUUUCGGAAGAUGGUAAACUUUUGGCUUCCGCUUCCGAUGACCAAACGGUAAAUAAAUUCUUCAAUUUUUUUGCAAGAAUUUGGAAAUCCAUAGUGGGGUUUUGGUAUUAUUUUACUAAGUUUUUCCUUAACUUAUUUUGUUUGCUGUAUAUGAUAAAAGAUAAUUUGUAAUCCCCUCUUUUUCGCGAGAUAUUUUGUUUAAAUUAACGUGGCUCUGGGUGUUAGAAGACUGGAUAACGUCAUCCAAGGAAUAAAUCGCUAUUCCGCCAAUGUGUUGGAAAAAUUUUUACGCGAGAGCAGGUUUCAUUUUAGUGUCGAGAACAAUUUUUACCGCUUUCGAAAAAUGAUAUCACAAGGAGCCAAAGAGAAUUCAACAUUAGCACAAACAACCUGCCAAAAGCGCUGGAAAACGCGAGUGACUCAACAUUCCCCUUAAAUUUUCGGCUCUCGUCUGGUUAGUAAAGGGUGCUCCGAGUUUUAUAAACUAAUCACAAACCGAAAAAAGUAAUUUAUACGGUAUAUGAUAACAUUAUUCAUUCCUUGAGAAUCACUUUUUUCGAUUCUCUUUUCACCUUAGGUUCGCGUUUGGGACGUAGAAACUGCCUUAUGUUUAAAGGAACUUGAGGUAAGUGAAAAGUUCCUAGGGAAUUUGGAGAAAUAUUCCUGGCCAUUGGGUUCUGCAUCGGUUCCGGAUUUAUAUCAAGGAAAUUGCCUUUUGUUCCAUACCUUUUUAUAUUUAUUCCAAUAUGAUUACUCUCUUUUAAUUCCACAUAGAAUGUUUCCGACCGUUAUUAGCAUUUCAUAGCUGUGAAAUGUCAUCACCGAAACAUCUUGUUUUGAUUAGUAUUACUCAGUUUAAUUCUUAAAAGCUGCACGAAAUCUACCAUGGCUUGAAUCGAACUAUUUUAUUACAUGUACUUUUUUACUCCCUUUUGCUUUAGUGUGACACAGACGAGAUUCAUACAUGCUGUUUCACUCCUAAUGGUUCAGUAUUCGCAUCGGGCCCAGCAGAAGCUGAAACAACUAUUUGUAUUUAUUAAGCAUUGCGUACUGAAGAAAGUAGUAAGCCUAUCAUAACUGAGAUAAUUCACUGCAAAGUCGACAGAUAUAGAAAAAUUGAUUUUUUUCCCGGUUUCAUUUGGCGGGUUUAUAAUCCUCUUCGGCCUUUCCCCCUUCCCCUUUUCAAAGUUUAGGAGCAACAAGGCAAGCCUUGACGUUAAAAGGCAUAAGAGGAUGGAUUUGACUGGUUGACAGGUGCUAUUUACCUGUACAACAGUCUUAAUAAUGUCUCUCUUGUUGGCCGCUUACUGUAGCUUACUGGGAAGUGACUGACUGUAAGAUUUUUCUCUACCGAGGGGAAAUUUUUUUUUCACAUAAUGAUACGAAAAUAGCUCGAAUGACAAUUUAUCCAUUGCUAUUUGUGAUUGAUUGUGAAAAAAUUGGUUUUAAAGUUGACAAUACGUUCAUGUUCAUACUUUUCAUUGUUACAUUAUUGCAGUACUUUAGUUUUUAGUUUUUCUCCAAGCAUCAUAAAGAUUGUGAAAACAGACAAAGUAGUAAUGUAGCAUACACAAAAAUAGCCUACAAACAGCAGAAUUUUUAUUCGAUUGUGCAAAAGUGCAUGCAGUGGUAAACGAUUCAAUAUCUACAAUUAUAAAAUAUCAAGAUAGGCCGUCGUUAUAAAACACACUCUUACAAAGAUAUAAGAUAUUCCCGAAGAAAUAUACCAACACCAUCAAUAAAUUAAGAAACAGGUGCUUGUCAAAAGCUUUUGUGUCACGACUCCCCUAGCGUAC